AUGGCACCCAUUUCGCCAAAUUUUUCACCAGGCUACGAACCUGUGUCGCCCAUCGACCUCACCGACGCUCCAAGCAGGACGCGCUCUGUCGGCUUCCAUCCAACUGCCGACAAACAGGACAAGAAAAUCGUUACUCGUUCGAUUCGCACUGAUUCGAGCUCUUCGUCGACUGCUUCGCUGAAAUCGCCAAGAAGAACGCGAUUUGCCGAAGCGACAUCCGUUCUCUCACCAGCCACUGGGCCUGGCGAAGGCAGAUCGCCUUUCGCUGACCCCGUCAUGGCGGACGAAGCGCCCAAACCUUCUGAUGUUGGUGCGAUCAGACAACAAUGGCAACCAACCACUCAAUCGGCGCUCAAGACGCCCGGCACUGGCGGACGGUUGCUGAACCCAUUGAGUCCGACCUUCAAGGAGGAGAUGGAUCUGGAGAAGCAAGAGGAGAAGACCGACAAGGAGCAAGCCAGAGAUCUCAAAAUCAAGACUCGAGUUCGAAUGGCCAAGAUGGUUCUCCGAGGUGUCAACUUCUCAUGCUCACUGAUCGUUCUCGCCAUGCUCAGCACAGUACUUACCAUCUUUCAUGCGACAAAAGCACUGCCGCCACGAAACAACCUUCCGGCGUGGGCACCAAAGACACCAAUCUGGCCUCAGAUCGUUGUGCUGACGAUCGCCUGCAUCUCUCUGCUCUUCGCGAUUGUUGUGAUCGCCGCCUACUGCAGAGGCGGCCACAAGCGAGCCGAGAAGGUGGCUGUGUAUUACACGAUGUUUGCUCUUGGUUGGUUCGUUUUCAGCAUCGUCAUGUGGAUCGUCGGCGCCGGCAUUCUCCAAGGUACCAAAUCGUCCGGCGGUGGUCAAGACCUCUGGGGAUGGUCGUGCAAGGACAACAAGCGACGACAGCUUUUCGAACAAGAUGUCCAUUAUGCGCUCGUCUGCCGCCUGCAGGACUGGAGUCUGAUCUGCUGUAUCAUCGAGAUCAUCGUCGAAGUGAUAGUUGUGGCCAUCUACGCGGUCGUCUUCUACCGCUUCUGGUCAAAGAACAAGCUCCGAAAGAGCAUGGACGCCCGCGAUCGUGCACGCACUGAUCUGUACCUCGCUCAACUGCGUAGCCAGAGUGCACCAAACACCCCUGGCUUCAUCAACACGCCACGGGCUGAGAAGUUCCAGGAUGUCAACACGCCGAGAACACCAGGCUUCCCUUCGAUACACAAGAACGUUGAGGAUCAUGACUCACCCACGCAGUAUCCAAGCUACAAUCCGACACCUUCAACGCCUUUCAAACUGCAGGCACCGCCUUCCAGGAGUCAGCAAACACCAAAGCACGAGCAGGACGGGUUUGAGCCUGUGACAUCGGCAUCACCACCUCCGGUGUCCGUCUCUCCACCGCCACAAGAGCGGAGGAACGAGCACGUAGAGGCCGCACCAGGAGAACAGGUGUACGAACAGGUUGCCAUUCCGGGUCAGUAUGAGGGCUUCAACAGGCACCAACAACAUGGUCAGGCAUAUUGA